UCGGCGGAAGUGCCCGCCUUGCUAAGCUUGGGUAGGAUGGCUGCAGGUCGGUUCCUUCUGCGUAGACUCCGAGCGUCUUUCCGUUCCCAGCCUCGGAACGCGCUCGUGGACGCACCACGCGCCAGGGGCUUGCACGACGGGGGCGGCCCCCGAAGGCUCUGCAUUGAAGGCAACAUCGCUGUGGGCAAAUCCACCUUUGUGAAGUUACUCACGAAAACUCACCCAGAGUGGCAAGUGGCUACAGAACCUAUAGCAACAUGGCAGAAUGUCCAGGCUGCUGGGACCCAAAAAGAUAGCACUUCCAGACGUCUUGGAAACUUGCUAGACAUGAUGUACCAGGAGCCAGCACGAUGGUCCUACACAUUUCAGACCCUCUCCUUCAUGAGCCGGCUGAAAGUGCAGUUGGAGCCCACCCCAGGGAGACUCCUGCAGGCAGACACGUCUGUGAGGGUCUUUGAGAGGUCUGUGUACAGUGACAGAGCCAGCUCCAUGGUGCCGCCCAGGCAAGCUCGAGGCCCACUCUCCCAAGGGCUGGGACAGCUGUCCAGCUCAUACCCAUCAGGACAGCUCCACUGUGUUGCUCUGGCAAGGCAAGGCCAGCUCUCCUGCUCUCAUGGCCUUGAGGACAGCUCUCCCAACUACUGCAGGUAUAUCUUUGCAAAGAAUCUGUUUGAAAAUGGCUCCCUCAGUGACGUCGAAUGGCGCAUCUAUCAGGACUGGCACUCCUUCCUCCUGCAGGAGUUUGAAGACCGGCUUUUGUUACAUGGCUUCAUCUACCUCCAGGCUUCUCCCCAGGUUUGCAUGGAAAGACUGUGUCAGAGGGGCAGAGAAGAAGAGAAAGGGAUUGAGCUGGCCUAUCUUAAACAGCUACAUGGGCAACAUGAAGACUGGUUUAUUAACAGGACUACCAAGCUCCACUUCGAGGCUCUGCGGCAUGUGCCGGUGCUGGUGUUGAACAUCAGUGAGGAUUUCUCUGAAAAUGCCGCCAAACAAGAAGAGCUCAUGGGGCAGGUAAACACCUUCAUGAGGAACCUGUAAGCAAUAGGUAGACAUCUUGACUGUGGUCUGGGCUCUGACUUUCAAUGUUGACCUGCCGUCCAUCCCAUUAUACACAUCUCCUCGACCCUCACGCACCUCUACACUUGGACGUGUGCUGUCUUCAUACUGCCUUUGCCUUUUUUUUUUUUUUUUAAAUCAUCUCAAGCACUUUAAAAAUAAAGCUGACUUUGCUAUUUUUCUAA